CGUGUGGAAUGCUAACAAUGUAGCGAAUGUCCCAACUGUGUCCCGCGGCCGCCGCAUUUGGAGCCCGAGAGGGGGGAAGAGAAGAAUGGAGAAAGAGCCGCGCGCCCGAGGCGGACGCCGCCGCUGCCGCCGCAGCCACGGGAGGGGAGUCGCGGAAGCUGCCCCCAGACUUUCCAUUGGGCAUUAAGGGGGAAAGAAGGGGGACACUGGAGAGAAAAAAAGAGAUUGGAAAACCAUUUGUCUGAAACGGUAUAGGCAUCCAGCUUGAGCAGCGGGUUGGACUAGAAAGCCUCCAAUAUCUCUUUCAACUCUGUUAUUUUGUUAAAAACACCAAGAGGUUUUUAGGAUUUCCCUCUGGCUAUAGGAACCAUAAAAACCGAGCUGAAGAGAAAUGACAUCAGCUACUGCUCUAUGACUAUUGAUCCUUCUGUGUACCAGAGACUGGGAAAAUGACAAGAUUUGCUAUGGAGGUUUGCCACCUACCUGUGAAUUGAUUUCAGGGAAUAAUGUUUUAUAACAAACUGAUAUCUUCCAGAAGAACGACACUGAAGAUCCACAUCCCUUUGAUUAUAUGCAAAAGAAGUUGGUAUUGAUGCUGAAACAAUAUUGGAUUAACCAUGAGGCCAAAGACUUUCCCUGCUACUACUUACUCUGGGAACAGCAGACAAAGAUUACAGGAGAUCCGGGAAGGUCUGAAACAGCCUGCCAAAGCUUCUAGUCAGGGAUUACCCAUUGGACCAAGCAGUGAAAGUUCUCUGGACUCUAAAAUUCUAGUAGGAAAGGAUGCUGCCAGACAGCAGCAAAUCCGACCGGCUGCCAAAUUUGGAAAUUACCAGAAAGCACUGCGAGAAAUCAGAUAUUCUCUAUUGCCCUUUGCUAAUGAGUUGGGCACUACCUCUGCAGUUGUUGAAGUCAAUAGGCAAAUGUUGCAGGAACUGGUGAAUGCAGGAUGCGAUCAGGAAAUGGCUGUUAGAGCUCUCAAACAGACUGGGAGUAGAGGCAUUGAAGCAGCUUUGGAAUAUAUUAGCAAGAUGGGAUACUUAGACCCUAGAAAUGAACAAAUAGUCCGGGUAGUUAAGCAGACUUCUUCAGGAAAAAGUAUAAUGCCAAGCAGUGUAAGCCGAAGGCCAAGUUUUGAAGGAUCCACUGAAUCUUUUUCACCUUAUCACCAGAUAACUAACCCAUCCUAUGAAGGCACUGGCUUUGGUGCUGAAUCUGCUAAUGUGCUCAGUGAUGUUCCCAGGCCAUAUAUGGACUAUUUACUUUCUGCUUCUCAGUCUGCAACCAUGAAUGCUCCUGUACAAAGGCCACCAUGCUUAAGCUCCCACAACACUCCUGGCAAUCUUCAACAGAAAGCCUACCCUACUAACAUGGAUUCCUCAGUCAUCAGCUAUCCAGUGGCUGGUCAUAGUAGCCAAGCUUUGCAGUUGCAGGGUACCCAUGGCUCAAAUAGUCCCCAUUAUGGCAGACAGCCUGUGAUGGUGCAGAGUGAGGGUCUUGGAUAUGGAAUUCAGCGGAGCCAUUCUUUUCAAAAUAAAAUGCAACAAGAAGGAGGGUAUCCAAGCCUCCCUAACAAAGCAGCUGUUGCACCUAACAAUUCUAGCCAUGGGUUCCAGCAGGCACCGGCUGGUCUAUAUAUGCCACAUUCCCAUCACAAACAGCCAAUCCCAAGUUCUCAUCCAAUUCAUGUGAUCACUAGAGGUGCUCCAUUUAGUAAUGAAUUUUCAGACAGUCCACCCCAGGGUCUCUUAACCCCAUCUAGAAAUAGCCUAAAUAUGGACCUAUAUGAUCUGAAUAACUCUCAGAUUCAGCAGUGGCAGACAACCUCUUCCUCUUCUUCCUCUUCUUCAUCCCGUCGUGAUUCACUACAAAGCCAAGCAUUGGAAGCCUCUCCACGGCAACAUGUACCCUUCAGACCAGAUGCCUGUGUCCCCAGUAGAACCAAUUCUUUUAACAACCACCAGCCACAAAUGCCCGUACCUAUGAGGCAAACUGCUUCAGGCAAAACUGAGGCCUCCAUGCCUUCUCCAAAUACCAUCACGGCUGUCACUGCUACUCAUAUUCUCCAACCAGUUAAGAGCACAAGAGUGAUGAGGCCUGAACCUCAGACUGCUGUAGGCCCUGCACAUCCAGGUUGGUUACCUGCACAGUCUUCAGCAUUAGACAACCUAGGAAUGAUGGAGCAACACCCCCUUCCUGUCGGGGGAGCAAAUGCCUAUCCAUUAGAUGUUGAUUAUAGCAAUCAGGAACUCAGGUGUCCUCCACCGCCAUAUCCCAAACAUUUGCUGCUACCCAACAGUUCAGAGCAGUUUGAUAUUAACUGUUUACGUCCAGGAAUGGAACAAACCAUUCGGAGAAUCCCAAGCUCAGCAAGCAACAAAUCUGAGGAAAACGGAGAAAGGAGUGAAAAAAUCAAGACAGCUAAAUCAGAAAAAAAGGAUAAAAAGCAAAUACAGACCUCCCCAGUGCCAGUGCGGAAGAAUGGCAAAGAUGAAGAGAAGAGAGAAUCCCGAAUCAAGAGCUACUCACCAUUUGCCUUUAAAUUCUACAUGGAGCAGCAUGUGGAGAAUGUUAUCAAGACCUAUCAGCAGAAAAUGAAUCGCCGGCUACAGCUAGAGCAGGAAAUGGCCAAGGCUGGCCUUUGCGAAGCAGAGCAAGAGCAGAUGAGAAAAAUUCUCUACCAAAAAGAAUCAAACUAUAACAGGCUGAAAAGAGCUAAAAUGGAUAAAUCGAUGUUUGUAAAAAUCAAGACUCUAGGCAUUGGUGCUUUCGGUGAAGUCUGCCUUGCUUGCAAAGUGGAUACUCAUGCUCUGUACGCCAUGAAAACCCUGAGGAAGAAAGAUGUGCUCAACCGUAACCAAGUGGCUCAUGUCAAAGCCGAAAGGGAUAUCCUUGCAGAAGCAGACAAUGAAUGGGUGGUCAAACUCUACUACUCCUUCCAAGAUAAGGACAACCUGUACUUUGUGAUGGACUACAUCCCAGGAGGAGACAUGAUGAGCCUGUUGAUCCGAAUGGAAGUCUUCCCAGAAAAGCUAGCUCGGUUUUACAUUGCUGAACUAACUUUAGCCAUAGAAAGUGUCCACAAAAUGGGAUUUAUCCAUAGGGACAUCAAACCAGAUAAUAUCCUGAUUGAUCUUGAUGGACACAUCAAACUGACUGAUUUUGGCCUCUGCACUGGAUUCAGGUGGACGCAUAACUCAAAAUACUAUCAGAAAGGGAGUCACAUCAGGCAGGAUAGCAUGGAGCCAAGUGAUCUUUGGGACGAUGGGUCUAAUUGUAGAUGCGGAGACAGGUUGAAGACCUUGGAGCAGAGAGUUAAAAAGCAACAUCAGAGAUGCUUAGCCCAUUCCUUAGUUGGCACUCCCAACUAUAUCGCGCCAGAGGUUCUUCUACGUAAAGGAUAUACUCAGCUUUGUGAUUGGUGGAGUGUUGGUGUAAUUCUCUUUGAGAUGUUAGUGGGGCAGCCUCCAUUUUUGGCGUCAACUCCUACAGAAACUCAGCUAAAGGUGAUAAACUGGGAGAAUACUCUGCACAUUCCCUCUCAGAUUAAGCUCAGCCCUGAAGCUAGUGAUCUUAUCACAAAACUCUGUUGCUCCGCUGAAGAGAGACUUGGAAGAAAUGGAGCAGAUGAUAUCAAGGCUCACACCUUCUUUGACUCCAUAGACUUCUCCACUGACAUCCGCAGACAGCCAGCUCCCUAUGUCCCAAAGAUCAGCCAUCCAAUGGACACUUCCAAUUUUGAUCCAGUUGAGGAAGAUGACCCUUGGGAUGACUCCAGUGAAGAUAAUGCCAGGGCAUGGGACCCUCAGGCCUCAUCUAAUGGCAAACAUACAGAACAUGCCUUCUAUGAGUUCACUUUCCGAAGGUUUUUUGAUGACAAUGGUUACCCAUUCAGAUAUCCAAAGCCUUCUGGGCUAGAUAUAAGCCAGUCUAAGAAUCCUGAUAUAGAAAACAAAGAUGGGCUGGAUCAGAAUGGAGCCUGUCAACCUGUAUAUGUGUAAAUGACUGUACAGAAUCCUAAAACAAAACUUUAUUCAUAAAUUUAGGGUCUUCCUUAUAUAGUUCUUGGUUGGGAUCAGUUCCAGUUCAGGAUCAUGCAAGUCUCGGGAAAGAAAGGCUUGAAAAGAAGGUUCUAAAUGCUAGCUGUUUCAGAUUUUAGGCCAUAUAGAACUGUAAAUAGCUUGUUGAUGAGUGCACUUGAAAUCCAGAUUUCAGACUAGAUUCUAAGGCCUGGUGUGUUACAUUCUUAACCAGCUUUUUCUUAUCUGCUUUUCAGUUUACAUGCUUCUAUGGCGUGCUAUUUUUUUUAUUUUAAGUGAGCAAAGAGCACUUACUUUUGUUUAUAGCAGGGUUUUUUUCCCUACUAAAUUAUAGGAAUUAACUUUGACAAAUCAUGCUGCUGUUCUUUUUCUCAUUUGUCAAAAAUUGGAUCCAUCGCACUUAUGUCACAUUUUAGGAAAAUACAUAAGAUUGAAGAACAUAUGAUUAAAAGUGUCUGUGCAAUAAUAUUUAGUCAGAGGAAAAAAUGUAUUACGUCUAAUGUCCUAAAUUUACCAGUGCCAUUUUUGUAUUCAGACCCUAAUCUUUAUGUGUAUUUUUCCACAUUUCAAAAUUCCGACACAAUUGUUGAAGCUGCUUUAUUUUCCCUUUUGAAAAAUAUGUUGGAAUUUAGUAUAAUCGUAGUCUGAACAAGUGGCAGUCAGGAUGUGAUAUCAAUGAUUGGUGUGUGGAGAGUGCUGCAUGGCUUGUGUUAUUUUGUUUUUCUGUUUGAAACGACCUUUCUCUUGCCAUUCACAGGCAGGUCCUGUGCAUCUAUUUUUACUGAAGAUCUUUAACUUCAGAUCUUCAAUAGGUGUGCUGAUAAAGUAUUGUGUGGAUGUUUUUUCUAUUAUGAUUGUGUGCUAUCUAUUAUAUGUUCUCUAAGACAAAUGGCAAAACUCUAAUUCAUGUAGGAAUUGAUUGUGUGCAUAGGGGGAAGGAGACCUUGGUUUAAUCCAGGGGUCUCCAACCUUGGCAACUUUAAGACUUGUGGACUUCAACUCCUAGAAUCCCUCAGCCAGCUUUGCUGGCUGAGGAAUUCUGAGAGCUGAAGUCCACAAGUCUUAAAGUUGCCAAGGUUGGAGACCCCUGGUUUAAUCAGUUGUCUAAUUUCAUAGGAUACUUAGCCUCCUAUAAAAGGAUAAACAGCAAAACAUAGCUUUCAAGAUCACUUUGUGAUCAAAAUCUAUGGCCCAUCUGCCUAGCACAAUGCACAGUAUUCAGUGUGUUUGUAAGUUGCCAUAUAGUAUUCAUGAAUAUUAUCAGUUAGUAUCUAUAUGCAGAAAUAUAUAAUGAGAAUGUUCAGUUCUCUGUGCCUUAAAAUUGAAUCAGGAGCCUUAUAUUCUUUUUUUAAAAUUUAUAGGACUCUUCUAAGCUAUAAUGCUAAGUGACAAUGAAUUUCUGGAAUGUAUUGGACAUAUAAAGUUGAUUUAUUGAUUCAGAUGAUUAGGUAUAAUGUACUGACUCCAGGCAGUGCAGGGUAAUUUAGCAAGCUGUUUCUUUAAAACAGAGGUUUUUCCAAGCCCUGUUGUCUAAGACUCUUUUAUUGGAUAUGCUGAAGAUUGAAAAUGGGACUCUUAUCUACAAGGCAUACACUUCAUCAAUAGGUUCUAGUCCUCCUUAAGAUGCAAUUAUUCAUUGUUGUGCUUACAUUUUAUGGUGGAAAAUCAUUCCUUCAGAUGUUGCUGGACUAUAAUUUCCAUGCUAUCAGUUUCAUAGCAUAGUCCAUAGUGAAGAAUGUUGGGUUUUAAUGAGUGCCAGCAUCUGAUUUAAGCAUCUCUGAGACCAGAUGAAUAUUAACAAAUUUUGAGUAUGGGUUUUUGUUUUUGUUUUUCUGCUUAUCUGUGAUGAUUUUCAGAUCUAGAAACUACAUACAUGAUAAAAGCAUGGAGUUGUAUUUUGUUUAAAUCUGCAGGUAAGCCCUAUGUCAUCAGUAUAAAGAAAAUCAGAGAUGGUACAAUCACAUAAUGGUUUAUGUAUGCUACAUGAACACAACAAUGCUGACACUUCCAAGGCUGCUUGGAACUGUGAAUUAUUAUGAUCUGUUUAAGUGGAGAGAUUUAUCUUAACCAAGUAUAUACGUUCAGAACAGAAUCUAUUUAGGUGGCAGCCAUAGGUGUCUUAAGUGAAGUAUCGAAAUGUUGGUCUUGAUUAUACCUGGUCCAUUAUAUUGUUAUGUAUUAUGAUAGAUCAAACUAAUCCUUCAUCUCUUAUCAAAAUACAAACAUACAUUUAAGAUAUUUUUUUAAUUGUUUAAAAUACACAUUUUAUUAGCUAUGUUUAACAUAAAGAAUACUCAAAGUGAUAAUGGAAUGCUAAAGAUAAUUAAGCCAUAAAUAUCAUCAUUUAUAUUCUAUAUAUACCUAAAUAGAUUUUUCUUUCAAAUCCUUAAUUCAGAUUAGUUUAACAGUCCUGUUUUAAAUGACUGAUUGCAAUAACACUUGAGGGCAAUAUUCCACUGUGUGUUUGCUUAUUUUAUGUUUUUAAAUCUAAAGCUUCAGUUUUUCCUAUGUUAUUCCAUAUGUUAUUUCUUAAUAUUUUAAUCUAUCAUAUCCUACCCAUUGUCUAGAUACUAUCUAAAACAACAUCUUUAAAUCCAUCAGAGCAAACUAAGCAAAAUGAUUGUGUAUUUGUUUACAUUUGUAUGAAAGGAGUGUUCUGAGAUAUGCAGUGCUUGUGUUGUGGUGGUUUAUGAAAGAUUCAGUAUUACUACUUUUUAUAUAAUGCCAUUUUUAUAUUUACAUCUAUCUGUCAUCCUUUUAUGUGGUAGGUUCUUCCUCAGGAACUCAGUUUAACUGUUAUUUAUUUAUCAUUUGCCUUUUGAAAGCUUCUGCUGGCACAAUUUAUUAUUAAAAAAAAAUGAAUCAAA